AUGGAUGAUGAUGGACCGUUGUUCGUUGGAAGUUUACCAGCUGAAGUUGUACGACGUGUGAAUGCACUUCGAAAUCUUCAAGCAGAACAUCAUAAAAUCGAAGCAAGCUUUUUCGAAGAGGUUCAUGCACUUGAAUGUCGUUAUUUAAGCAAAUAUCAGCCACUUUACGAAAAACGUUUGAAUAUUAUCAAAAGUGCUUGUGGGCCAACGGAAGAAGAUGAAGAAAUCGAUUUCCGAAUUGUAUUGUUUCUUGUAGACUGA